CCCCAAAUCGCAGCCCCACCCCCACAGCCCGGGUGGCGGAGUGACAGUUGGUACCCCUGGUCUGAUCGCAGCCGGCUAGGCGCCCGCGGCGUUGGGAUUCCCUUCGGCACGGCCCUUCGAUGACCCCCCAACGACAUAACAGGGUGAAGGCAGCAUGAGUGGUGCCUGUGGGCAGACUUAGCCAUUUGAUUUUAUUUAGAAGACAGCCACCCACUUGGAAGGCAGAGCUUCAGUGGCUGAAGGAGCUGUGAUCUUUCAAGCACAGUGCAGUUGGAGCAGAGCGGGGUGUGUGUAUGUGUGUAAGAGAUAGCACAGACUGGAUGGAAGGCUGAUGAAGAAAAGUAGCAGCAUGACUGAGGUGAUGGAAAUGUACUGGAACACUGGGAGAAGCUAAUAUCUUACAGGAAGCCAAGAUGAGAAGAAUCUUUUUAAAAUAAUCUAAGGAAGAUUCUAUUCAGAAAUGAGGCGAAUUAACGUUCGGACACCACUACACGGAGUGUUUUAAACUGCCCUGACCAUCUUGCCAACUGAGUCUCGGCUCAUGAGAUCCAACAAGAUGAACCGGCCAAGGAGGGAUAGUGUCCUGCCCUGUACGAACAGUGACUGCUGACGUCUGAGAGCAAGUUGGGGGUACUGCGUAUUGUCUGCCAGUACCAUGAAGGAAGUGGUUUAUUGGUCACCCAAGAAGGUGGCAGACUGGCUGCUGGAGAAUGCUAUGCCUGAAUACUGUGAGCCUCUAGAACAUUUCACAGGCCGGGACUUGAUCAAUCUAACCCAAGAGGAUUUCACAAAACCCCCACUGUGCCGAGUCUCAUCUGACAACGGGCAGCGGCUCUUAGACAUGAUCGAGACCCUGAAGAUGGAGCACCAUAUGGAAGCGCACAAGAACGGCCACGCCAAUGGGCACCUCAGCGUUGGCGUCGACAUUCCCAACCCUGAUGGCGGCAGCUUCAGCAUCAAGAUGAAACCCAAUGGAAUGCCAAAUGGGUAUAGGAAAGAGAUGAUCAAGAUCCCCAUGCCAGAACCAGAGCGCUCUCAGUACCCCAUGGAGUGGGGCAAGACUCUUCUGGCCUUUCUUUAUGCACUUUCCUGUUUUGUUCUCACUACAGUGAUGAUCUCGGUCGUCCAUGAACGAGUACCUCCUAAGGAGGUGCAGCCUCCACUACCGGACACGUUUUUUGACCAUUUUAACCGGGUGCAGUGGGCCUUUUCUAUUUGCGAAAUUAACGGCAUGAUCCUUGUAGGACUCUGGUUAAUUCAGUGGCUGGUCUUAAAAUACAAGUCUAUUAUUAGCAGAAGAUUUUUCUGCAUAGUUGGCACGCUGUACCUGUAUCGGUGUAUUACAAUGUAUGUAACUACACUCCCAGUACCUGGCAUGCAUUUCAACUGUUCUCCGAAGCUCUUUGGAGACUGGGAAGCUCAAGUGCGGAGAAUAAUGAAGCUCAUUGCUGGAGGUGGCUUGUCCAUCACAGGCUCUCACAACAUGUGUGGGGACUAUCUAUACAGUGGCCACACGGUCAUGCUAACGCUCACCUAUUUAUUUAUCAAAGAGUAUUCCCCGAGGCGACUCUGGUGGUACCACUGGAUUUGCUGGCUCCUUAGCGUCGUUGGAAUCUUCUGUAUUCUCUUAGCGCAUGACCACUACACUGUGGACGUGGUGGUGGCCUACUACAUCACCACAAGGCUCUUCUGGUGGUAUCACACAAUGGCCAAUCAGCAAGUGCUGAAGGAAGCUUCCCAGAUGAACCUCCUGGCCAGGGUGUGGUGGUACAGGCCAUUUCAGUACUUUGAAAAGAAUGUCCAAGGAAUUGUACCUCGAUCUUACCAUUGGCCCUUCCCCUGGCCAGUAGUCCACCUUGGUAGGCAAGUUAAAUAUAGCCGGUUGGUAAACGACACAUAACAGCUCUACAAAGUAGGGGAAUGAGGAACUGUCCGAAGUGCUAAGAACUCCAUGAGAGAAGAUGCCAUAAAUAAACACCUCCCUACUGCUAUUAUCUUUCAACAGUUACCUUGACUUAACCUAUUGAGUUACCUGGUCAGCACUGUGAUCUUUUUUUUUUUUUUCUCUCUCCAAAGGACCUGCGUUGGACACCAAUAAAGAAAAUUUACCUUAUCAUGCACUGUACACAUUUCCUGUUGUUAAACCUGGGGCUUCUCUAACCAGCAGCCACCGUGUUCCUCUGUGUAAUCCAGCAGCACCACUGUGCGCUUCCAUAUCAUAAGCUCUGGCCUUUCCAGCCACAUCUGGAAGUAAAGUGUGUUAUUUUCUUGGGAAAACAUACUUUUCAUAUCUCUUGCCCCAAAGACAGGGCUGUAAGCCAUUUUCUAGCAAAUGUCUCUAUGAAGGGUUCUAAGUGUCUGUGUGGGGUUUGGUUCAGAAAUCUCUGCCUGCUGCACUGAAGAUGGUAGGUGUGGAGAGGUCUGCUCACUUGGGGGUUUUAUAAAAUCAGCAGAGAUGGUGUAUCAAAAACUGAAAAAAAAAGAUUCUGUUAUAAAGUGAUUUUUCUAAGUAUUUCCUAACUUUAUUUUUCAAAAUGAUGUUGUGAAAACCAAAUUUAAAGAUUUUUACAUGUCACAGAAGAGUUAAAAUUUAAAAAUGCUUCUUGGGAGAGAAAUUUGUCUAUGUUUCUAGUGCCUUUCUUGUCUUGAUUGUAUGGUUGGUAGGCAAUCUUAAAUGUUUUUAUUUAAAAUAAAGUAUUCCAUGAAAAUAUAAAUGUAUGUAUACACUACUAAAUUUUGCAUUUAUAGCUAAAUUAAAUCAAAAGACUGCUAAUGGUCUUAAAAAUGUUUUGAAUUAACGAAUAGGGGUGUGAAUUAAGAGUACGUGCCCAAUCACAGAUUGUGAGCAGGCAGCCAUGACACAUGCCACUGAAAUUAUUUCAUCUAUUUGGUAGUUCAGUUUUAACUACUCAAUAAAAACAGCCAUGAAUAUCUUUUUUUUAAAGAGAGUUUUGAAAAUCAUUUAACCUAAAACUUGAAAGCUAUAAACUAGUUAUCCAUACUCUCAUGACAAUUUUGUUGGUGAACAGCAACAACAACAACAACAACAAAGAGAUCUAUUUCUUUAAAAUAUAUUUGUGCAGAAACUGCAUGUAACUCUUGAGUUUUACUCCUGACAUACGGUUGUUUGGGGAAGUAUUCUACUCUAUACUUGCCAACGUGGAGAACAAACUAGUUUUCUAAGAACGAAGAAGUAUAUAUAUAUAUAAAAUAUCCAUUCUGUAUUUUAUGUGCAGCAGAAUUACCUUCUGUAGGUUUUGUGUGUAUGUGUGUGCAGAAGCAUGUGUGUGUGUGUGUGCGCGUGCGUGCGUGCGUGCGUGCGUGCGUGCGUGUGUGUGUGUGGUGGUGUGUGACUUACAAGGUGAUAUUUGUAUUGUAAAACAAUAAUGGUGAAGGAAAUAAAAAGGCUUUUAAAUUUUUGUUUGUUUUAAAUCUUUGUAAAAUUAUUAUUCCAGAGCGUAUACUGAUAUCUUACAGCUUACCUAAAUCAUAACUUAAUCAAAAUGCACUUUUUAAUAAAAACUGAUACUGAAAGUA